UUUCAGCAAAUUUUAAUUUCUCUUUAUUCUUUCUUGUCUUCAUCAGAUGCUGGAGGAGAUAAUGCAAAGGUACAUGGACAGAGUGAUGGUAAAGGUGCUUCAGGUGAUGGUAAUAAUUCUUUACUCGAUUCAUGGUUGAAGGAGAAUAAUGUGGGAAAGAAAAGCUUGUUCUCUAGGAGUAAGCAAUCACUUGGUAGAGUUAUUUGCCAAGCCGCUAGGAUCGGUGGAUUUCGCCAUCAGGGGAGGAAGGAUAAUAAUUCCGAAAUGAAUUCUGAUUGUCUAAAUGGUUCUGGAUUGAAUGGUGUUGAGAUGAAUCAUCUUGCAACUGUAAAAAGAAAAGAAUCAGAGUCUCUGUCUUUGGUUGACAUGCUGAAAAGAAUAUUGUUGUUGUUUAUGGAUGUGACAGUGGAGAAGGAGAAAGAUGAGGCUGACGGUUGGUGACGGUGGCGGUGAUGAUGAUGUUGGUGAAAGAGGUGGUAAAAUUGAUGAAAAGAAUAAAAAGAAGAUUGAAAUUUGCUGAAAGGGGUAUUGAGAUUAGGGUUAAGAAAAUAGUAAUUUAGGAUUUUUAGAUAUUAAGAUUAGGAUUUUUAGGCAAUAGAGGUGUUUGAGAUUUAGAAAAGAAGAGAGAGGGGUUGAAGAUAAUGGUGGGAGUAAUUCUGGAAUUUUAUUAAAAAGUCAACAUAAAUUUAGGAUUUGGGUACUUUUGUUGUACGGAAUUCAUCUUUGAUAAA